UCGUUUUAACAAUUGUUUUAUUUUUAAAAAAAUAUUUGUAUAAGUAUGUCAAUUGAAUAUAAAAUAUUAAACCCACAGUCCAUUAAAAUGUCUAAAUGGAGAGACAAAGCCAGGGUAAUGAAAUUAUUAUAUUUAACAACCUUUUUGGGACUACUCUAUUGCCUUUAUUGGGUUAUUAUCUCACGUAAUUGUUAUAAAAUUGGAUGGGAGAAAAUUUCAAGAUGUAAUAGUUGGUGGAAAAUAUGCACGGGAGAAGAUUGCAAAGUCACAAUUGAUGUAUAUUAUGAGAUUUUGUGCCCUGAUAGUAUGAACUUUAUAUCAAAUCAACUUUUUCCAUUAGCAAUGAAGCUAAGGGAGGAAGAUGAGGAAAAUCAAGAUAUAAUACAUUUUAAUAUGUGGGCAUUUGGGAAAGCAAAAGAAAAGGGGAUAGGAAAUUCUUCUGUCUUUGAAUGUCAGCAUGGAAAAGAUGAAUGUAUUGGCAAUGCUUGGCAUGCCUGUGCUUGGAAUCACAAGUUUAGAGUCUCAUCUCCAGAUGCCAUGUAUUUUGUUGGAUGUACAAUGUCAAAAAACAAUUUCUUUAAUAGUAUUAUUGAAUGUUCUUCUCAUGCCAAUAUGGAUUACACUGAACUUAAAGAAUGUGCUGAGGGCACCGAGGGGCAUUCGUUUAUGCAUUUAAAUGGAAUCCAAACCAAUUCCCUCAUUCCUAAACUUUAUUACGUUCCCUGGAUCAUUGUUAAUGGGGAAUACAGCGAUGCAACGAGGCAGAAGGCUGAAACCAAUUUACUGGCAUUAGUUUGCAACUUAUUGGAAGAAAAAAAUCUUAAAAUGUGCCAGCAAUUUUUGAUAUAACAAGAGCAUAAUGAAAACAUCUACUUAUUAUUAAUACUUAUUUUUGAAUAUUCAUUUUAUUAAAUAUGCUUAAAAAAUGAUUUCAAUAUUUUUUAUAUGAAAGAGUAUUAAUUUUUUCACUUAUUUUAUAUUUAUAGUAUAAUAUAUUAUUAUAUAGGUAACAUUAAAUUUAUAUAAUUUAUACUAGAAUAUCAAAACAAUUAUUUAAAUUAGAUUUUUGUAUGAUUAAUUUAAUAUAAUGAUGUAUAAUUUUUUUUUGCAAAC